CUUUAGUCAGUCGCUGUUGUGGCUGGGAGGCAGCACAGUCAGCCUCUUCGGUUGAACCUUGAUUCAGCCUGAGGUAACACAGGACUCUUUUAAACUAACCGACCAAACGAAAACAACUACUUCUGGUGUACCCUCAACAAACUCCGGCUCUGUACGACACCUUUAAUCCUGCAGGUGCUGGGGAAACUGCUAUCAGAAAUAACCUGAAGGACGAGCCGUGCAAAGACUCUGAGUUGAAUGUCGACUGGAUGUCAAGCCAGGUGGCCGUUUCUUUGUGAAUGGAUUAGAGGUGAGUUGUGACCAUGCGCUGCCUGGCUGCUCGGGUGAACUACAAGACCCUCAUUGUUAUCUGCGCCCUCUUCACACUCAUCACUGUGUUGCUGUGGAACCGCUGCACCAGUGACGCCUCCCUACGCUUCCUGCCCCGUGCUCCCUUGGUGGCUCCAAGUCCCAAGGUGGGGGAUGCUAGCAUCAGCAGCCAGCAACACCCUCCACAACCUCCAGAGCCCCCGCCUGUUGUCGGUGUUGUCGCAGGGAUCAAGUACGAAGAAAUCGACUGCCUGAUCAAUGAUGAAUCUACAAUCAAAGGCCGGCGAGAGGGCGGAGAGAUGUACCUGCCCUUUAGCUGGAUGGAAAAAUACUUUGAGGUGUACGGCAAAGUGUUGCAGUACGACGGUUACGAUCGAUUUGAGUUCCAGCACAGCUAUUCAAAGGUUUACGCACAGCGUGAGCCCUACCACCCCGAUGGAGUCUUCAUGUCAUUUGAGGGAUACAAUGUGGAGGUCCGCGACCGUGUGAAGUGUAUAAGUGGAGUGGAAGGUGUGCCUCUGUCCACUCAGUGGGGCCCUCAGGGCUACUUCUACGCCAUCCAGAUCGCUCAGUAUGGCUUGAGCCACUACAGCAAGAACCUGACGGAGCGCCCGCCCCACGUGGAGGUCUACGAUACAGCCGAGGACAGAGACAGCCGGGCCAGUUCAGCGCCCUGGAGUGUUCCAAAAGGUUGCGCUCUCAGCCGUGUCUACGACAAGACCCGAGCCACCUCCGUGCGUCAGUUCAGUGCUCCAGAGUCCACAGAAGGCGUGUCUCUCCAGCUCGGGAACUCCAAAGAUUUCAUCCUCAGCUUGGACAUCAAGUUCGUCUCCAACGGCAGCGUGUCCGUGACCCUGGAAACCACGGAGAAGGGCCCGCCGUUCACUAUCCACUACGUGACCAGCACACAGCUCAUCGCCUUCAAAGACCGUGAAAUCACGUAUGGCGUCGGGCCACGAGCCGUCUGGAGCACACUGACGCGAGACCUGCUCACCGACCUCAGGAAGGGCAUCGGGCUAUCCAACACCAAGGCUGUGAAGGCCACAAAGAUCAUGCCCAGACGGGUUGUGCGAUUAGCUAUACACGGGCGUGGCUUUGUUGACAACGUCACUAUCUCCACCACUUCCCACAUGGCCGCCUUCUUUGCCGCCAGCGACUGGCUGAUGCGCAACCAGGACGAACGAGGUGGCUGGCCCAUCAUGGUCACCCGUAAACUGGGUGAAGGCUUCCGGCCUCUGGAGCCUGGCUGGUACUCGGCCAUGGCUCAGGGCCAGGCCAUGUCCACCCUGGUGAGAGCCUACCUCCUCACCAAGGAGCAGGGGUACCUCAACGCUGCCCUCAAGGCAGUAGGACCCUACAAGGUGCCUUCAGCGCAGCACGGGGUCAAAGCUGUGUUCAUGAACAAAUACGACUGGUAUGAAGAAUACCCCACCACACCCAGCUCCUUUGUCCUCAACGGCUUCAUCUACUCCCUGCUGGGACUCUACGACUUGACGGACACAGCCGGAGAGAAGCUUGGCAGGGAGGCAGGGCAGCUGUUCAGCCGCGGCAUGGAGUCGCUGAAGGCCAUGCUGCCGCUCUUUGACACGGGGUCUGGGAGCAUCUACGACCUGCGUCACUUCAUGUUGGCCACAGCACCCAACCUGGCACGCUGGGACUAUCACACCACACACAUUAACCAGCUGCAGCUGCUGGCAUCCAUAGACAACGCUCCCGUCUUUAAGGACGUGGUCAAGCGCUGGAAAAACUACUUAAAAGGACUUCGUGCCAAGCACAACUAGACAAAAACUGUAACCCACAUAUAGUAUACAGCUGAGAUGAGUAGAAUAUACUGAUAGUGAUUGAAUGUGGGGUGUGUGUGUGAGUGUGUGUCCCAGUUUUGGUUGAGGUUCAUGAGCUAAAGGACGAGUUUAUUCAGCUGCAGCUCUGAACACUAAAAGUUUCUUGUGUGCUCUGUUGCAGGUUUUAUAUUUUCUGCAACACGAACUGUAGCUCUCCCCUAAUUAUGCACAGACCUAGUUUCAGAGUGUGUGUGUGUGUGUGUGUGUGUGUGUGUGUGAGUGUGUGUUUAAAGUAACGAUAUAUGACGUUUGAGAAUGAUGAAACUCCUUGAAUUGUUCAGUCUGAACCGACAUCCACUACAAGUUUCUUCUUCUAUUGUAUUUUUUUACCAUUUCUUCCCAGAUUUGGAAAGUUUUUUGAAAAAAAUAAUAAUAAUUAAACGGAAUAUAUUGUAAAUUAUUUGGAAGAGAAUGUUGCCAAAAAAUUCCCCCACUGCAAACUUUUUUUUUUAUCCCAUAAUCCUUAAAAGUUUUAAAUCAAGAAGUAUUCUUUAAGUACACCAUGUUAGGUGAGAAUCAUUAAUUUGACUAUGAUCCCUUUAGAGAAAAGCUUUGUGCUUCCAAACUGUCAGCUCCCAGUUCUUUUCUGAAUCUCUUUCCCCUGAAACUAGUUACAAAUCAUUUCUGGAGCGAUUAUGUUGUUAUGUCUUUAGUUAACUCCUUUUUUAAAAUAUUUUUUUCUUUUUUAAUAUAGAUAUGAAGUCAUGAAGUGUCUGUCAAGCAGCUCGGAGGAAUACACACCUCAAACGACCAUAUUUAAUUUCAGAUGGUUAAACCAGCACCACUACCUUCUUGGUUCUUACCCACAAUUCCACUUUGUUUAGCUGAACUGUUGUGUAGCCGCAUCUGGUCCGAGUUAACUACGUGACUGCAUCCUUAGUGACUGUUGUGUUUCAGGGGACACGCUGCCACAACAUGUUCCUGUUACAUUCCCUCUGAUGGUUAAUAAUGUAUCCUAAUUAGUCGUCGGUGCUGAAGCCGCUGUAACGCUGUUACCUUCAUGUAAUGUUAACGGAUGACAAACUGUGUGCUGCGCUGUAACCGAACCCCUCUGAAGUCCCUCAGUUGGUAACAAAAAAGUAAAUGAUUCAUGUUCCACUGCAGAACACGGCCACAAAUAGUUAGUUCUGCGUCACUUAGAGUUCAAGAGUCCUUCCGUUCGUCUCAUUUGCACAGUUUUGGGUAAAAGCUAGAAAACAGUUGGGAUUCAGAUUGAGUCAGUCAGCCAGAUAUAUUCAACUUCGUCAUGGGUGUGUUGUCUUGAAGAGGACACGGGUCAUUCCCAGUGUGAAGACGAUGCUACAAAUGAGCCGUCUCUGAUAAUAAUAUCAAUAACUGCUUCACAUCUUCGCGGGUAUUUUUAACUACGACAGUAAUGACUAAAUAUUGGCGUACUCUCUGGCACAUCUUUGGUUAAUGUACCUGAGAAGAGUGAUACAAACAGAAAGGUCCUCUUACUCGUCAUACAGAUCAGUCUAAAUAUAUGCCUCACUGCAUCUCCCUUCACCUCAUAAGAAACAUAUACACAGGACAUACUUUAAACUCUUGUGCUUCCAUUACAUGCCGAUCUUCAGCUUCAGAUGAAUCCCUUGACCUGUCAUUGUUAAACAAGAGAAUCUUUGUAUCCUUUUAUUUGUUGUUUGAACAUCCGCAGCAUUAGUUGCAUUUUCAUUCAUGCUCAUGCCCCACGUUUCACCUUCUUUGGAAAGCUCUUCUAUAACUCAUACUUCCAGAUGAUAAUUGCAGGAAACAAGUGUAGGUGGUGGUAGAUGCAUGUGUUGUGUAUUCGGGUAGAAAGACACGUGGGCAGCGGAGGCGCAGCUGUCUCACUAACACGUUAGUUUAUUAGAACGUUUAAAUACACAAUGCCAGGAGUACUGAGAUUCGAGGUCAGUUCUUGACAAGCAUAAAGAGGCUCUCAGUCCCAGCAGGCUCUCAUUGCUCCUCACUGCUGUUGUGGGUGCAUGAACUCAGCGUUUUUAAUCUGAGAGCUGACCUGUUGACCGUCUGCGAAGGAGAAAGAAAGCUCGCCAAGACACUAACAAUUCACCCGGCUAAUAGGCUGGAGAGGCUGCACACACAGUGCAGUCGCUAGUCGGGGAUGAGUCAGCACUCGCAAGCAAAACAAAGUGGAGCCCUCAGCAUCAAUAAGGCUUUCAUCCAUCUACCUUAAAGAUUAUUAAUGGAGGGGAAUCGGGCCGCUUUGUUCUUCUGAAAUUGUUGAUUGUGAAUUUUCCUUUGGUAAUUUUCAUGUAAACUUUGAGAUGAAAACAGUUUCCCUGCUUUGAGGUUGUUUAAGUGUGAGCUAAUAAGAUUAAAUCAAAGAAGCCUUGAUUCAUUGUUCCAUGUAACGUUGGAUAGAAAACAAGUCAUGCUUUGGUUCAAACUCGUUAUUAAUUCAUCCGGGUACAUCUUCCUCACCGCAGCUUCAUCACUGACUCAACUUCUUGGAUUAUGUAUUUACGACGGAGUAUUAGCGCCACUUGUAGGAAGGAAAAUUAAUAUUUCAAGAAUAAAGUCAUAAUAUUAUUAAAUGAGGAACAAUAUUAAGAAGAAAACAAGUCUUUUAAACUGUUUAAUAUAGAAGUGCAUAUAUACGGUAGUGUUCAGAUACUACUAGUUCAGGAAAAGCUUAAACGUGCACGUUAUCCAAUCUACUCAGUUUAAUCAUAAUAUUCAGCAUUUUGUUCUCAAAGUGACCAGUUUUCAUGUAAUGCUGUGACUUUAUUCUGAUAAUGACUUUUUCCUCCAAAUGAAAGGUUUUUCUCAUGACUUUUUUUUCAAAUAAUUUUGACUUUAUUCCCAUUUUGUAGAGGUUUGUACUGUAGAUGGAAGGAAUUAUAUUGAUGAUCUGUUUUUAAAGUAUCCCAGAGAAGAGGUAUGAUUGCAAGUUUUGAUAAUCCCAGUUUUCUUUGUACGGUUGCUUUUUUUUUCUUCUGGUAAUUUCUUCCCAUGAACACUUCCACAGGACUGGAAGUUUUGUGUGUGUGAAUCUUUAUUUUUGUUUAUACCAAAGUCGUGGAUUGGAGUAUAUUUGAAUUUGUCUAUUUUUGUGCAAACCGGUUUCCAUUCAGCAUUUAAUGAUGUUACUUCUCCUUGGAGAAGUCACAGAUUGACACUGCCUUUUGAGAAAUGUCAAAUGUAGGUUGAAUAGGUGAGAGCAAAAAUAAGACGUGUAAAAUGUGCUUAUCGUAAAGGGGAUGUGUGCAAAUAGAUAUUAGCAUUUAGUCAGCUAUUGUUUUAGAGGGAAAUGAGACAGUUGCUACAAAUUCUCUUUUGAAAGUGUUUCUUUUUGUGUUGGAGUGUGAGUUUGCAUUCAUCAGUUGUUGGAAUAAUUUGCAGAGGAGUAAGAUGUUUUGCUAGAUAGAAAAUAAGCACAACUGCCGUUUAUUGUCACAUUUUUGCUUGCAUUUCUUUUGGAUAUCUUUGUUUUCUUUUUUAGGACAAUGUGCAACGCCUUCAUUAAGAAAGCUGCUAUUAUUGUUCACUGUUUAACAGGUAUGAGAGCUUCUUCUACUUUGUUUUAGUGGUUAGGAUUGCUGUCUUUCCACAAUCUGUUAAAGACUUCAACAAAUGACCACUGAGGUGAUGAUUUAUGCAAUAAAAAUGUUUACUGGGGUCGUGAACACCACAGGAGACCCAGAGCAGAGAUGUACAGACUUUACAAUUCAAGCACAAUGUGCAAAUGCUACCAUUUUUUAGUCUAAGCAGGAGAGUUGUUUAUAUACAGAGUAAAUCUUUGUGCUUUAAAAAUGUGCUUUUUGAAAGUGUAAGAAAUAAAAGCAUUUUUCUGAUAAA